AUGGACGCCGAGACCGUGCGCCGGCCCAUCUUGCGGCGCGGCUCGAGCCUCUAUGCACCGCUUUGGCAGCAGCGCGUGCAUGUCGACCACUUGCCAGAGCCGCUUGACCUCGACGAGGACGCGGUGGCGACGGAGCCCGAGAGAAUGCCCGACGACCAAACGCACAAGGCCACCACCGUGUCGGCGCCAAGUCCGUCGCUGGCUGAGAGCCCAAGCGGCUCGAACGAAGCGCGGCUCAUCGACGCGCUCCUCGACAAGAAUAACCAAUGCGAGCCGAGCCCAGUCGCCUCGUUGCCCUCGCGUGGCCUCGAUCCUACUUCGGCGUACGCGCAGGCCAAGCAGCGCGACCACCUCCACGACUACAUCAAGAUGUCGCGGCACAUGGUGCACAAGGUCAAAUCGGGGCAGAGCCUCGACCGCACGAUAGCGCGGCAACAGAUCGAAAUGACAUCGGCCAAGCAUCGGUCCUCGAUCGCGCUUGCGCAUGCGUGCGUCUCGGCCGUCUCGACCACGAUCGCGUCGGCGCCACGGCCGGUCCUGCUCGACAUGGCGGUGCAGUUCCUGUCGCCCAACGGCAAUGCGCUCGGUUGCGCCCACGACGACCAGCUCGCGCUGCGCGUCAACACCAAGAAGGUGUUCUUUCGACUGCGCCGAGGUCCUUGGGCACACGACGUGCAAGACACUGGCCUCGCCGCAGUCGCGCUCGAGACGGCAGACCAAACGCGCUUCCUCUGCGCGUCUGCCAAGCUUGGGUCCGUCGUGCGCCUCCAACCCCGCGCAUGGAGCGAUGAGGCGCGAGGUCUCGUCACGGCCGAGAUGUACGCCAACUACAAAUGGGUGCUGCAGCCCGCGCAGCUCCAGCGCGGAUCGCCCUUGGUUGACAGCAUGCUCGUACACUUGACCCAGGUCCGCUAUAUCGGGGCCACUUCGGUCAUCUACUGCCUCGGGCACGACCUGCACAUGCACGCGUCGACGGCCACGUAUGCGAUGGACCACUGCAGCUGGAAGCUCAAGCUGCCGACACGGAGAGCAGCGCCGGUGCAGGCGACCAAGACCAAGACGCGCCCACCGCCAGUGAUUUACCCACUCACGCGCCCGCAAAAUCGGUACCGGGCGUGGUCAAAAAACCACGAAGCGGCCAUCCACGCACGAACCGCACCGAACGGCCCGUACGGAGCUGACGACUCGAGUUGA